AUGCUAACAGCUGACGAAAUUGAUUUGGCAAAAGAAAUGUUGUCAGUGUUGAGGCCGAUGGAAGUGGCAACAAGAGAGUUAUGUGGCCAGAAAUAUGUUACUAGCAGCAAGGUAAUACCGUUAAUUAAUUGCCUUAUACAAAAAACUGAGAGCAUAAAUAUAUCAAAUCCAAUCGCUUUAACAUUAAAGCAGGCUAUGUUAGAAAAUCUAGACAAACGAUUUGGUAGGAUGGAGGAAAUUAGUUUGCUAAGUGUUGCCACUAUACUAGACCCUAGAUUUAAAACGAUUCAUUUAAAUAAUCCUAACUGUAGUGCAAGGGCUAUUAGGUUAAUUAAAAAUAAAAUCACUGAAGUCAGAAAUAGCUGUGAUGAUAUUAACUCCUCGUCAUGCCAUGGCUCUAGUGAUGAUGAUGGUGAUGAUAGUUUGUGGUCAGUUCACACUGAGCUGGUUACACAAAAAGCUGCAUCAGUAACUUCUGAACAGUCUGAAGAGCGAAUUCCCACAGACUUGAAACAUUAUUUAAACCAUCCAACGAUACCAUUAGGUGAAGAUAUCCUUAAAUAUUGGGACCAAAAUGGUAAUAUGUACCCUCACCUAAAAAAAAUUGUACAACCCUAUUUAUCUGUUGUUGCAACUUCCGUCCCCUCAGAACGUUUGUUUUCGAAGGCUGGAAACAUAAUGACAGAAAAAAGAAAUAGAUUGAAGGGAAAGAAAUUACAACAACUUUUAUUUCUGAGCUCUCUUGAUAUUAAUGACUGGCACUUAGAAUAA